AUGCUCUGCGGUUCGUUUUUUGGCGAUUCUAGUUGUUUUUUUUUUGCGGAAUGAAGGUGGACUGGUGGUGUAGCUUAAAUUUGAGCGGUUCGGCUAAUUUUUUAAUUUUUCGAAACCUGAAGGAGGUCAAGUUCAGAUAAGAUGGAAAUUUGUAAUUUUUGUGAUUUGAUUUUUCACAUUUGAGAUAAACCUUAUUUGGGAGUGAAAAAUUGGAGAUUUUUUUCCGGAGUUUGGUCAUUUUUUUGGUAAAUUUUUUUGCUUCGACAUUUCAAAAAUUAGGCUCAAAAAGUCAGUUAAAAAAAUUUAUUUUUAGGAAAAAUUAAGGAUUUUUUUCUAACUAUUUUUGUGAUAAGUUCUGUGCGAGAAUAUCGAUUUUUUUGUGUUAGUCAUCCUUUUGGGACAAGACAGCUGCGUGGUUUUUUUUUUUUGGUGAAUCCAUUCAGUCCAAGUUCUGCGCUCUUUUCUGCGGUAUUAUAGAUUUUUUAGUUUAUUGAUUUUUUUUUUCACUCAAAAAAGGCAUAUAAUAUGGAAAUUUAAUAUUCUUCAAAUCAAAAAAAAAAACUAUAAUGUGUGAAAAAUAAUGACUACAUCACUUGUUGUUUCGAAAUUCAGUCCACUAUCGACUUUUCCCGAACAAAUUUGAAUAAGUACAUGACUCAAAUGUUUGUCAAUUCACAAUUUUUCCCGAGUUUCAACGACUCCUAUCGAUAAUUUUGCAUAAAUUUGGCUGCGCAUCGACUGAAAAGAAGCACUUUCUUCAUUUUUUGUGCCUUUGAAACCCGUUGUUGUAGCCCAAAAGCCAAGACGCACACUCGACGCUUUUUUGCACAUUUUCCUCGGUUUUCUCCUGUCAUUUCUUUUGAUUUCCGUCAGUCGCGUCAUGCUUCCACUAGUUGCAGUCGAUGCGCAGCCAAUAAAUAUUUUUCCAGAGAAGGAAGAGCCAUGAAUGUUUCUUCAUAACUUUUUAGAAAGGCUUCGAAACGUAUCAUUCCGUGGUUAAAUAUAUGAGCUCUCAGAUUUACAAUUCUUCAGUGUUCACAGUUCAUGCGCAGUCAAUUUAUAUCGAUUCGUUAAUUGUCUGAAAUCAACUGAGUAUCUCUAAUUUUUCUUUUUAAAACAUCAUUGAAACGUACAAUCGCACGGUGAUUUUUCAAAGUUUGUUCUGAAUUUAGCUGCGUGUCAAUAAAAAAAGAUGUUCUUCGCUUUGAUUUUUUAAAAAAAAUUUUUGGUGAUUUUUUUAUUCAAGUUGAUGCGCAGCGAAUGUUCAAAUGGGAUUUGAGUUUCGCUGUUCAAAAAAAAUUUUUUUUGUUCAUUUUUUUUUGUGGUUUUUCGGAAGUUUGAUACUAAGCCGAAAUUUCUUCAGUUGUACUUGAUAUUUUCUUAUAAAGCCCUUCUUUGAGUUGGCUCAAAGCCCAAAACUUUCCCUCAAUAAUGAAUAUUUCACUGCGCAUCAGCUCAAGUGUGUAGGUCUGGUUUCAAAGACAAAGUGAGUCAAAACGGGAAAACGGCCGUAGUAAAGUGCCUUCGGCGGUUACGGUAGCUGAAAGAAAGCACAUGGCGCAACCGAUCGAUUUUCUCGGCUCCCACCGCGAGCCGCCGACGGCACUUUUUCUCCCUUUCUCGAUUUUUCGAGGGCGCAAAAAAGGAAUCUGUGACGAAAUGUAAUGAAAUUAUAAUGUUUGUACAAGGGUUUUGAUACGGUUUUUUAACAUUUGAUGUGUGAAAAGAAUGAGAUUUCCAAGGGAGCUUCUCGUUGAUUUUUGUGGGAUUAUUUUUGGCGAGAAAAGAGAUUCUUCAAAGUUUACCAUGUGAUUUUAGUUAGCCAACUUCAGAAGCUUAUCAUGAAUGGUUCCAAGUUUUAUAAAAAGGAAACCCUGAUGUUUUUCUUAUUGAAAAAAAUUUUACUUCUAAUUGUUGAUGAUUCAGUAGAAAAUUCUUUAUAAGUUUUAUUUUUUUGAAUAUUUGAGUUUCGAAGAACGUUCAUAUUUUUUUCUCCCAAUAGGAGUUUUUAAGCUUAAUUGACCCGUUGAACUCAAUAAAUUCUUUUUCCAAAUGAUGUCUGAUAGAGAUUGAAAAAAAUGAACUCAAAAAAAUAAAAAAUAAGCGGGACUCGGAAUAGUCCGAAAUUCUUGUGGAGAAAGAGGAAAGCUUAAAAAAAUUGUAAAUUGAAAAAUGACUUUAUCUUGAAAAAUUGGUUCAAAUGAAAGUUCCAUUUCCGAAUUCCAGGCUGCCUGUCCCCCCAAAAGACGCCGGCCUUCACUGCCGAACAGGAGAAGAUGCUCAAGUCCAACAAGACGAACGAGCCCCAGGCCUACGUCAAUUCCAAGUCUCAUGUUGGUUUUUUUAGUUUUUUUAUUUUUUUGCCCAUUCACAUGGGAAAAUGUGAAAGUUUGCUGUAUGAAAUGGUUAGGAAAUUUUUUUAAAAAAAUAAAGUUUGAAAAAAAUGGAAAAUUUCACUCUCCAGGAUGCGAAAGCCGGUCUCGUGGACCUCGAAGAAAUCGUUCUCAACUGGGCCAAAGUCAUUUUCGACACGACCAAGACGAACAAGGAGGCCAAAAUCAAGAAGAAGUACUUGUCGGUCAGUUUUAUUUUUUUGUUAAAAAAAUUCGAGAGGAAGUUUUUUUCAUGUAGUUAUGGACAAAGAAAAUGGUUUUUUCUGUAUUUUUUUGAUGAAGAAAAAGUUGGUCUUUAGCUUCUGAAUUUCAGUUUUGAAGAGAAUUUGAAGAUUUUUUUGAGAACGUAAAACUGAAAUCUGCUACAAUUUCCGUUGGGAAACUAGCUUUGUCAAUUUUUUUUUAAAAAAAUAUUUUUCGGUCUUUUUUUCAGUUUUUUUCCCACUGUCAAAAUCCUUCUAAAAUGAAAAAAAGAUUGGCUCAGAAAGUCUUAAAAUUGAAUAAACUUUAAAAUGUCUAUUUUCCUUGUUUCCAUCACCCGUUUCCAAAGGUUUCAUUCCGAAAAAGGAUUUUCAAUUUAAAACAAAAAAACUGAUUUUUGAACUUUCUGCCCCAUUUUUUCCUUUCCAAAAGCUUUUGAAAUCCAAUUUGGAGCCAAAAAGAUCUCAGAAAUGGAUUAAAUUUUUAUUUUUUCAUUACCGAUCGCAUUUUCAAAGCUUCCAGCUCCAGAAGUUGUUCCAAAAUGGUCUUCAAUUUUUUUUGGAUUUGUAUUUUUAGCUGUUCGUCACAUUUUUUUUCCUACCAAAGGCCUUCUGUCAAUAAAUUUGAACUCACAAAGUUCUCUGGAAUAUAGAUUUUUCCACGAUUUCAUUUCCGAUAGCAGUUUCCAAAGCUUCCAGUUAGAAAUAUUAUCGCAGAUUGGUUUUUGAUUUUUCAAUAAUUAUAUUUGAGCUUUUUCAAAUUCCCCCCCUUAAAAGCCUUCUCCGAAAAACAAGAUUAACUUUAUUAGAAUUUUUACGUCCAUCUUACCGAUCGCAUUUCCAAAGCUUCCAGUCCAAUUCCUCCCUCCCGCCACUGCGAUUAAUAAAAUCAGCCGCUUUGCGCACCAAGAUUGAGCCAAUUUCCGUUGGGUGAGUUGGCUCGAAAUAUAACGCGAUAAAGCUCAUAAUGACCGGUUUGUGGAGCUCAUCUCCGGCUGCGGCUCAACGAGACGCGCUCCCCUGGGGGGCUUCUCCUAAAUUGGUAAAUUACAGCCAUUUAUCAAUUGUUUGCGCUUGAUUAGAGCUCUGGGGAGAAGAGUUUGAUGCUGAAGGGGUUGUAAAAAUUAGGUCCAAAUUUUCUUUAUUUUUCAAAUUUUAAAAGCUGAGUAAUUGAUACCUUGAGCCUAUUGGAAAACGGGUCUUGGCACGAUUAAAAAAAUAUAAAUUUUAAUUUUUUUCCACUCGUUUUUUUGUCCCAAGUUAGCCUUGAAUAAGCUAUUACCUUCUUGAGAUCAUAUUUUUUUAGACAGUUUCAUGCUUAAUUUUUUUCACAAAUCAAAAACUCCUAGUUUCAAAGAAGACAUUGGACUAUCUAGAAGUCAGAUCACUUGGAGAAUGAUUUUUUAAAAAAAUCUUCGACUUUUUUUCAGUAGACGUUCCUUCAUAUGGCAAGGUCGUGAUGUAGAUUAUUGAAUAUAUUUUUUUGGUGUAAAAAUUGUUCAAAAAUUCAUCAAAAAGUUUUAUCAACAUCAAUCAAUCAAUAUCGAUUAUUUGUGUUAGUCAUAGAUUUUUCAUAGAAAUCACACGAAAAAUCCAAUCAACAGCCGUUGGAACAUACGAGAGUUAGAUAAUAUCUUGAAUAAAUUCUCCGGAGACAAUGGUCGCCGCGUUUCUUUGAACCCGAAUAUUCAUUAAUCAUUUGCGCCUGAUUCGGAGGGCAUAUUCAAAUUCAGUUUCUUGAUUUAUGUUGGGGCAAUAUUGGAAAGUUAUGAAGCUCUGACGAGAGAUCAACAGAACAUUGAAGAGACGCCAGAGAAAUGGAGGUUUUGGUGUUUUCUGGCGUCUCUUCAGAUUGCUGUUGAUCUCUCACUUUCGCUCAAUUUCUUCGUUGUAGUUUUUUUCUGUCAUAAAAGGGAUGAGAAGAGAGAAACGGCGGUUUGAAGAGACGCCAGAGAAAUAAAAAUUCUCGUGUUCUCUAGCGUUUCUUCUGAUAUACUUGAUCUCUCGCUUCCGCUCAGUUUGUAUGUUGUAGUGUUUUCUGUCUUGGUAAGAAGAGAGAAAAGGCAGUUUGGAGAGAUUCUAGAGACGUGAAGAUUCUCACUUUCGCCUAAUUCCUAAAUGUUUUUUUUUGUCGAGAAGAGAGAAAAGGCGGUUUGAAGAGACGAAGAGAAAAAGGGAAAAAUCUACUUUCCUGUCAUCUCUCCAUAGCGCUGUUGAUCUCUCACUUUUACCUAUUUUGAUUUUUUGUUUUGGAUUUUCAUCAUGAGAGGGCUUUAGACCGUUUCAAGACAUUUUUUUAUAAUUUUUUUCAGUACAAUAUCAACUGGACCAAGCUGUUCCAAGAAUCUUCCGAGCCGACUUACUCGAUCCACGGCGCCAGGCCGAAUGUCAUCAGUAAUGUGAGUUUUCUGCGCCCGACCAGAAACGAGUUGCGCGGCAAAUCAUUGUAAAGCUCUUCCAGCCAAUUUUUAAUUUUGGAAGUUUUUAAAGUAAUUAUUCUUUUUUUUUUCAAUAACAAUUCCAUCCAUCUGUUGCGUUUAGAGAAAAUCUCCGUUUACCUAUGAUUCUCCAAAAUUUAGUUAUCUUUCUCAUCCUCUAACGGCUGUUUUGAACUACUUCGAACACGCCGAGUAAAUAAUCCUGCCAAAGGCCCAAGAACAGUUCCUCCUCCUGGCCGCCGUAAUUGACAGCCUCGGCUGGAAAGGGCAAUUACGCGCCGCGGCGAAGAAUGAGAAUGAUCCGGCCACCGCCCAAUAAUACCGUCAUUUUGCAGCCGAAGGACGAAAAAGUCCUCUUCAAGACGACUUUCACGAAUACGACCCAGAGGGAGCAGGAAUACUCAUUCAAGACGGAGAGAGCCACGAGGUUUGAGGGAUUUUUCAGGGGAAAAUGAAAAAAAUUUUGAAAAAAGGAUUUUUUUUAGAACAGCGGCUUAAUAAUAUAAUAUUUAUUAAUGAUUCUGAAAAAAAAAGUUGGCAAUGAAGCCUGAAAUAAAUAAAUAAAAAGCGAUUGAGGCCCUCACGGGCCUGAGAAAGACGUAUCUGUAGUUAUUUGAGUCUAAAAUCAGUUGUGAAUGGAUUAUACUCAAGAAAAAAAAAGCGAAAUUUUAAGAACCCAAAACAGUUAGGCUGAAAGUUGGAAAGUCCGGGACCAUUAAAUGUGUGUUCUAUUUUUGAAGAAAAAAGAGCAAGAAGAAAAAAAUGUGAGCAGUUAACGGGUCAAAAUCUCCUUUUCGAAGCUUUCUAGUAUAAUGUGGAGUCAGAAAAUUUAUCAUUGAUUUUUUUGAGUUACAAGAAAUUUCUAGCUUGCUUGAAUAAUUGUUAUAAAAAGAAUUGACUUCAUGAAGACAUAAAAUAAUUAUUUUGAGGAUAAGUUCCAUCUUUUUGAAUGUAUUUUUUUAUAGUUCAUUUGCAACAGCUUGCUGAAUCAUUUGAGAGUCCAAAAAAAAAUAAUGACUCAAUUUGAAACUAUUAAGAAGCUCCCUCAAACUGUGUAUAAAGUUUGUUGAACAGAGACUUUGCUCAUUUUAGACAAUUUUUUUUUCAGGAGCACCUCCACGGUGAUCAUCGAAAGAGGUGUCUGUCGAGGAACCGAAGUCUCCUUGAAGCUGAAAACGCCUUGCGAAGUCGUCGAGGCGAACGCCGGGUUCCACCAAGAAGUCAUGCUCAAUCACAUUGGUGAGGAACUUUUAGCUUGGUUUCGAAUCGCCUUUUUCUGACUCCGAAUCUACUGUGAGUUCAGUUUAGAAACUGAAUUCUGAAGCGUGAUGCGCAGUUAUGAACUGAUAAGCAUAUAAUCAACUUUAAAAAUGGUUUUCUGAAAAAUUUAAUAAGACACUGAGACUCUUAUACGUCAAUUCUAAGAAAAAUGAGAAGGAUGGAUAUAAAACAGUGUUUACAAGUAGCUCAGACCUAAUAACCCUCAGAGAUCCAUGAAAAAAGUGGAGAAUAUUUGACGGCCUUCUUUGCAUGCCACUGAAUGAACUAUGCAGUAAAGCAUUUUUCUAGGCGAAAACACGAAUGAAGAAGAACUUGGCUGGGGCGUCGACAGCACUGUCCGCGUACCGCCGAACAGCGAAACCGUCGCUGAGCUGGUCAUCAUCGAGGACAUCGUCUCCCGCGAUUUCCACAUCGAGAAUCGCCUCAGUGGAAAAGUUCUUGUCACCAGUGAGUUAUCUGGAUUUUUUUAAACAAAAAAAUACGUUCCAAUAUAUGUAGUAUCUCUGUAAAGAGUUCAAAACACUUGAGGGGCCACUUGAUGCCUUUUUCAUACAUGACAAGUACUUUUCUCAAAAGGUUGGAUUGACUUACAAGAUUUAUCAAAAUGACAAGGAAAAUGAUUUUUUUAGACCCAGGUACUUUUAGGAAGAGUAAAAACGAUUUCACACUUCAGGGAGGAAUUAAUGACUUUUAAAAGUUAAAAAUGACUGGGGAGGAAGGGUAAGCGACCCCUUCAGUGAACACUCUUUAGGAAAGAAGUCCCCACCAUAAUAGUCCAUGCAAAUUCGGUCACCUCCUCGUGCUACCGUAGAGUCCUUGACUCGAGUGUCCCCCGCUAAUCGCACUCAUUUGAAUGAAAAUGACUUAUAAGCGUUAUGAAUGAACUGAAUUCGCGAUUGCAGUCACGAACAUGAAGGAGAACAACAGUCUGGUGACGGUUGUCGAGGGAAAUGUCGCCGAUAUCAUCCGGGGAAUGACUGACUACGCCGCCAAGGGAUUCACUUUUGAAGGAAACCAGGUAAUAGUUUGAGAAAGGGUUGAAAAAAAUACUAUCCAAAAAAGCGCGGAAAAUGCUCACAGUCAUGGUGAAUAGAAAAUUCAGGAGUUUGAAAAGAUCUUUGGUCGAAAAUUUGAAUUCAACAAGGGCUAUUUUGAAGUUUGAAAAACUGCAACCUUUACUUUUUUGUUGUUAGUUAAAUAAUUAGGAAACUCUGAAAGUUGAAGUUAGGAUUGAAAAAAGGCUUAGAAUUUCAAAAAUAGCAAUAAAAUCGCCUCCAAAUCAUAUUUAAUGGAAAGAUUCGGUAGUUAAAAAAAUCGUUGAAAGCUUGCAUGGAGCAAGGAAUGUUUGAAGUUUGAAAAUUGUGAAAAUAGAAAUUUCACUACGAGUUUUGAUAAAGAUCUGAGUUGAAAAUAGUCUCGAUUUGAAAAUAUUCAACUACCCUUUUAUGAAAAUACUUUCUGUGAGUUUUAAAGGAGCACAGGCGGAAUGCUGAAAGGUUUUGUAGCGAAGAACUAUCGUUUCCUAGGUCCAAUUCAUCUUAAAAAGUUCUUCAAAAUGUUUCCAUUGGAAAGCAGAUUCCCGAGUAUGGGAACACUUCUACUAUGGAACAAACUCUUUUUAAUUUUUUUUUGACGUUUAAGGUUUCCAGCUCAAACGAAAAAUUCAAAAUAUAAGCUUGAAUUUUCAAAUUUACUUAUUUGCUUCUCUAAAUCUCAAGAAAAGCUCAGAAGAAGGCUUCCAAACGUGUGAACACUUUGAAAUUUUGUCAAAGAAACAAGGCGCCUUUUGAGUUUUGCGACGCCGCCAUUCAAUGGCGGAGACACGUAGUUUGCAUUGAAAACGGUGUGCCUUUUGUGAAUGAAGGAAGGAAUCGCCUCGUUGACAUUUGCAUUUCGCAAAAAUUCAAACAACAUGAUCGCGUUCGCACCUUUUCAAGAGGGGUUCCAGGGAGGAAAUGAAAUGGGUUCUUUUGAGGGAUCUUCACCUAGACCUUCAGAGAAUUAGCUGAUAGCAUUUUUUUUUUCUGAAAGAAAGAAUUUUUUUUUUGAGUGAAAUAAAUAAAUAAAUAAACAAAAAUGGUCCAAUAUUCCACUCACAAUAGAACUAUACCAGUGAAUUUUUAAGAAAUUUGUCCUGAAAGAUUAGCGAAAUAGUAUGAGAAACUUGGAGGGUUUUGAAUUGAAAAAUUAAAUCUCUAAAGUUUAUUUUCAAUCAAUCAUGGAGUUCAAUUUAACAGAUAUAAGUUGUAAUAUAGUACUUAUCUUGAACAGAAUUUCAUGGUGAUUCCAAAAAUGUUCUUGAUUUUCUCAGAAGUUGAGUUUGAAGCCUAUUGUGACUGAAAUAUUUUUGAAAUAUAACGUCACGGGGUAAAUUUACCGAAUUUGGACAUAUUCUAUCUCAAGUACCUGUGACGUCAAAUGUUAAGCACCUUUUUUUUAAUUUCAAUUUUUUUUGCCUCAUAUCAAAAUUUUCAAUAGCUAAAUGCUCUUUUAAAGCUCUUGAUGAGUUCACGGAGUACAUUUUACGAGUGAGUCAAUUUUCAUCAUCGGCAAAAUUUGACGCGUCGCGGCUGCAAAGCGGUUUCUUUUGAGCCAUUCCAAGUGCGACCAACUUGUCCUCUAUCAUUUUCAAGUUUCCAGCUCAAAUUUUGAACUUUCAGAUCACGAAAUACGAGACUCGAGGCACGUGUAUCUUCCGCUAUGGCAUCGAACAGAAGGUCAGAAUCACCGAAACUCCUCUCCGUGGCUAUUAA